AUGGCAACCACACGUUUGCACGCCCUGAUCUCCCCCAUCCUUCCCAUCGUCUGGCAGGGUAGUGCCGAGUACGAAACUGCCCGAAUCGGGCGUGUCUUCAACCAUCGCCGACCGUCACGCAAUCCCCUCGCGGUUGUCGAAGCUGUCAAUGAGGUCCACAUCGUCGAGGCCGUCCGGCUGGCCAACAAGCUGGGCUGCCGCGUGUCGGUCCGGUCCGGAGGCCAUAACUGGGCCGCAUGGAGAGUCCGAGAAGGGGCUAUCCUGAUCGACCUGGGAAACUAUCACGAAUUUUCUCUGGAUGAGGAUACCGGUGUCUUAAGUGCCUGGGGCCGCAUGUUCCCCGGCGGCCACUAUCCGGAUGUUGGACUGGGAGGGUUUAUUCUCCAAGGCGGCAUGGGUUGGAAUUGCAUGAACUGGGGGUUUGCGUGUGAGCGGCUACUGGCUGUCGACGUCGUGACAGCAGAUGGUAGGCAGCUUCACAGUAACGAGACGGAGAACAGUGAGCUGCUUUGGGCAGCUCGCGGUGCUGGACCUGGAUUUCCCGCCAUUGUGACCCGGUUUCACCUGCAGACGAUGCCUGCGUUUAGCCACGCCCGUUCCGCCGCUUACACGUACGAGAAAAAAGACGCACGCAAAGCUCUGGAAUGGGUGACACGGAUCACUUCAAACUUCGACGAUGGUACGGAGAUUGUUGCCGUUGCCAAUUAUCCGCCCGGGCUCUCCGAUGUACAUGUCACGGUCCUCUUCGUCACAUUCAAGAAUAACGAGGAUGAGGCGCGGACCGCCUUGCAACCGGCGCAAGACUGUGCACCUCCGGGCUAUAUACACUCCUGGUUUCUGAAGGAGACCUCGGUAGCACAGGAAUAUCACGACCAGCAAUCGGCAUAUCCUGAGGGGCACAGAUACUGUGUAGACAACUGCUACAUCGCAAAUGAUGCCGAUAUCGUUUCGGUUCUCGAGGGCGCCUUCACGUCGCUGCCGUCUAAAAAGACCUUUUCUCUUUGGUAUUCGAUGGCUCCGGGUUCGCGCCGGAGCUCCGAGGACGGGACCAUGAAGGACAUGGCCCUCUCCAUGCAAACAGACCAUUACUUCGCCGUCUAUGCCAUCUGGGAGGAUGAAUCUGACGAUGCCAGAUGCCAGUCUUGGGUUCGAGGCAUCUUCAAGGAAGCAGAGAAGCACUCCGAAGGUGCUUACCUAGGAGACGCUGAUUUCCAGGUCCGCAGAACCAGGUUUUGGGGCGAGAAGCAAGGCCGUAGGCUUAUGGACAUCAGGAAGAAGUGGGACCCUCGCGGCAUGGUCGCGGGAUACUUGAAUGCUGGAGACAUGAGUGGCACUGAGAGUCUGGAGAAUGUGCACGAGUGGGAAGUAAGGGAUCCUCUACAGGUAAACUGAUUGUAUGCAAUGGCAUAUCGAAAGCUAUCUAGUUAGAGACUAAAGCCACCGUCGAUUAUAGAAUUCUGUCCAGUUACGGUCUUGGACGCCACAAAUGUCUUCACCUGUUCCGCAACGUCCUCAACUGUGGCAAACCGUUUCAGCUUGUUCGCCGCCUUGACCGCCUCAAGCCGUGCUAGGGGGAAGGAGAGUCCCCAGUC